GCUGGGCCUGGAGCGGCGGCAGGUGCUGCGGCUGCUGAGGGAGCCCCGGGGCCGCCACUGGACGGGCCGCGCCGGCCGGGCACGGCGCCAUGAGCCAAGGCAGCGGAAGCGGCGGCGGCGGAGAGCCGGAGGCCAAAGCCCUCCACACCAAGAGGCUCUACCGAGCGGUGGUAGAAGCUGUGCAUAGAUUGGAUCUCAUUCUUGGAAACAAGGCAGCUUUUCAAGAAGUUUUUAAGCCAGAGAACAUCAGCCUGAGAAACAAGUUACGUGAACUGUGUGUGAAGCUGAUGUUCUUGCACCCAGUGGAUUAUGGGAGGAAAGCAGAAGAGCUGCUCUGGAGGAAAGUUUACUAUGAAGUCAUUCAGCUCAUUAAAACAAACAAAAAGCACAUUCAUAGUCGCAGCACCUUGGAGUGUGCCUACCGGACACACCUUAUUGCCGGCAUUGGGUUUUACCAGCACCUUCUUCUCUACAUCCAGUCUCAUUAUCAGUUAGAGCUGCAGGGUUGUAUUGACUGGACACAUGUUACAGAUCCCCUGAUAGGCUGCAAGAAGCCUAUAACUGCAUCGGAGAAGGAGACGGAGUGGGCUCAGAUGGCUUGCCACCGGUGUCUGGUUUACCUGGGGGAUUUAGCUCGGUAUCAGAACGAAUUAGCAGGUGUGGACACAGAAUUGCUGGCCGAGAGGUUUUACUAUCAAGCUCUUUCUGUUGCACCACAAAUUGGUAUGCCUUUUAAUCAGCUCGGGACUCUGGCUGGGAGUAACUAUUACAAUGUGGAAGCCACCUAUUGCUACCUGCGCUGUAUCCAGUCUGAAGUGUCCUUCGAAGGGGCUUAUGGGAAUCUCAAGCGCCUGUAUGAUAAGGCUGCCAAAAUGUAUCACCAGCUGAAGAAAUGUGAAACCAGGAAACUGUCGCCAAGCAAAAAGAGAUGCAAAGACAUUAAAAGGCUACUGGUGAGCUUCAUGUACUUGCAGAGCCUCCUUCAGCCCAAGAGCAGUUCUGCUGAUUCUGAGCUGACGUCUCUCUGCCAGUCGGUCCUGGAGGACUUCAACCUCUGCCUCUUCUACUUGCCCUCUUCUCCCAACAUGAGCUCUGCCACAGACAACGAAGAGGAGUGCGAGAAUGGCUACUCCUUCUUGCCAGACCUUCUCAUCUUCCGGAUGGUCAUUGUCUGCCUGAUGAGCGUCCACAGCCUCAAGAGGGCAGGCUCCAAGCAGUAUAGUGCAGCCAUUGCGUUCACACUGGCCCUCUUUUCGCACCUCAUCAACCACGUCAAUAUUCGCCUACAGGCAGAGCUGGAAGAAGGCGAGAAUCCAGUUCCAGCCUUCCAGAAUGACGGCACAGAGGAUCCAGAGGCCCGGGAGCCGUUGAAUUCUAUCGAGAGAGAAGCUGAAUCUGAGCUGGCCAACCACAGACCCAAAGAGGAGCAGAGGAAGAGUGAAAGCAAGAAGGGCAAGAAAUACUCGCGUCUCUCUUGCCUGCGCCGACGUCGCCAUGCCCAGAAGGUGGACGAGAGCGACCUGAGCGAAGGCUUUGACUCUGAUUCGAGCCCGGAUUCCACCAAAGGGAGCGAUGGCUCCGAGAGCGGCUCUGAGAAAAGUGACGAAGAGGCUGAGACGGCUUUUGAUGUGGAGACAGACUCGGACAUGAACAGUCAGGAGUCGCGCUCAGACUUGGAAGAUAUGGACGAUGACCCAGAUGCCGAAGGGGAAAGCCAAGCCAAGAGCCUGAAGAAUGGCACCAGGGAGGCUGUAGGCACUGCGGAAGGUGACGGGGGCAGGCUGGUGGACUUGAAAAGCCCUGGCAUUGCCAAGAGUGAGACUCCGGCGGAGCCUGUCGCCAAUGGGCCAGGCUUGCUGGGCGCCAGCGAUGCCAGCAUAGCCAGCAACCUCCAAGCCAUGUCUACGCAGCUCUUCCAGACCAAGCGUUGCUUCCGACUGGCCCCCACUUUCAGCAACGUCCUCCUCAAGCCGAACUGUGAACUGCCCGCCCAGAAAGAGGCAAUGGACAGCAAGCCUUGUGUUAAUGGGGAUGUGGAAAAGUCCAAAAUGGGUGAGCAAGAUGAUGUUUCUGAGUCAGAAGAAAGCGUCUCCAGUAGUAAAUCCUGCAGGAAUGAGCGCUCUCUCCAGGAGAAGCUGGAGAUCAUUACAAACGAGGGGUUGCUGCCAACUGUCAAGGUGUUUCUGGACUGGCUGAGAACAAACACUGACCUCAUCAUCAUGUGUGCACAGAGUUCUCAGAGCUUAUGGAACAGACUUUCUGUCCUUCUGAACCUACUUCCUUCAGCUGGAGACCUCCAAGACUCAGGGUUGUCCCUCUGCAAUGAGGUGAAAAGCAUGCUGCCUGGGUGUGAGCUUCCAGACCUGCCUGCCUGCCUGCUCCUCCCGGAGGACGUGGCCCUUCGCAACCUUCCGCCGCUGAAGAAUGCACACAAGAGGUUUAACUUUGAGCAGGACAGACCAGCCCUUACAGAAGUGGAGGAGUCUGUGGUUCGCAUCUGUUGCAUCCGGAGCUUUGGACACUUCAUCACCCGCUUGCAAGGCAGCAUCCUGCAGUUCAACCCCGAGGUUGGGAUCUUCAUCAGCAUUGCUCAGUCAGAGCAGGACGGCUUGCUCCAGCAAGCCCAGGCCCAGUUCCGCAUGGCUGCUGAGGAAGCGCGCCGGAACAGGCUCAUGAGAGACAUGGCUCAACUUCGUCUGCAGCUGGAGGUGUCACAGUUGGAAGGGAGCCUCCAGCAGCCCAAAGCACAGUGUGUGAUGUCCCCGUACCUGGUCCCUGAUACCCAGGCCCUCUGCCAGCAUCUCUGCACCAUCAGGCAGCUGGCUGCCAGUGGGAGGUUUAUUGUCAUCAUUCCAAGGACAGUGAUUGAUGGAUUAGACUUCUUGAAGAAAGAGAAUGCGGGAGCUCGGGACAGCAUCCGGUAUUUGGAGGCAGAAUUUAAAAAGGGAAACAGGUACAUCCGCUGCCAGAAAGAAGUUGGGAAAAGUUUCGAGAGGCAUAAACUGAAGAGGCAAGAUUUAGAUGCUUGGAACCUCUAUAAAAUAUUGGACAGCUGCAAACAGCUGACAACCUCUCAAGGUGGCAGUGAAGAUGACUCCACUGGGAUGGUGACCAUCCUCACGGGCUUUCAACUGAAUGACCCAAGCAACCUUUCUGCACCCAUGCAGUCUGCGAUCCAGGCAGCAGCCAAUGCCAGUGUUGAAGUAAAAAACGUUCUGGAAUUCUACAAGCAGUGGAAGGAAAUGGGUUGAAGAGAGAGAAGCCAUCGGGUUGGUUGAAGCUCUGUCUCCUCGUCUUUGGACGCGCAGCGUUGGAACGAAAGAAGUCAAACCACAGGCGAUAUUUGGACACGAAGCAGCCGCAGCAGCAAUCCAUGAAAACAAGCAAUCGGGCGGGUGCUCAAAACACCGACACAACACACACACACACACACACCGCCGUUACCUCCCCUCUCACAGGACAGGUGACGUCUCUGGCAGAGAACACGGCCGCUUUGAGAAGAGAGACGGAUCUCGGCCAGACCGUGGAGAGGUGGUCUCCUUUCUCCCAGCUGAUGAGAAUGGGUGAGGCUGGUGGGUGGGAGGGGCUCCAUUCAUCUCCAAAAAGCUUGCUUGGUCUUUCAUCUUCAGAAACGUGCAGGAAGCUUUUUGCCUGUGCUUGAAAUGAAACGAACAUUUACAAUAUUCUGCCACCAUACCCACACUGCGGAAACAGACAUCCAAAAGCGCCAGUGAUCUUGAGAGAGGGGACCAGGAUUUGUAGGAAGCUCUUUCAGAAUCUGAUGAUGGGGAAGUGGUCAUGUUCUCCCCGUUUUUUUUUUUUUUCUUCCCUAUUGUGUAUUUUUUUUUUAAAAUGCUUGGUAAACUUCCCUCUUUGUUUUGUUUUGCUCUCCCCACCCCUAGAACGGGUUCUGGAACCUUUGAAAGAUUUAAAGGUGGCAGGGAAGCAGUGAUCCUGUCUAAGCAAAGUGAAGUGGCUCUCUUCGUCAGAAGUUUCAGAAUGAAAAUAUUAUUUAUUUCUUUGUGGAUGGGGCAGGAAGACUUAGCUGUAAAAAGGAGACAGUGGCCUUCAUUCCUCUCCCUUUCUGCGCCUUACCUCUGCCUGUUCAAAAAAACACCCCUCGCCCCGCCUGGCUUUUUUCUUGAAGCGUUGUGUUUUGUGGUUGGUGUCAUAGACCCAUCUUGGGCUGUUUGAGCAGGGAAUGAAGAGACCCCUUUACAACUCCCCUUUUCCUUUCCUGGGGUUAAAUGAAUGUCUGCACGGUGCUGUUGCACCCUCCUUCCCUUUCCAUUCUCUGUUCACUGGAAAACGGAUAACUAGAAAAUGGUGAUCAUUUACUGGUCAGGGUUAGGUUUCUUUGUAAAGUCAUCAGGUUUGCCCUGAAAAAUCUCUUUGCAGUGGCUCCCCAUGCCUUGGCACAAGGGAUGAAAUCUAGCCCUUGUGCAGAGCUUUUUGGGGGAGGGGAAGCUUGCAGGCUGAGGAGGAGAGGAAGGAAACCUGGCUGUAUCUUCUGCCACGGAGAAACUGUUGGGGUUUCCUCCCCAAAUAUUUUCUGCCUCUGUUCCUUUGAAACGUCAGAAUCCAGAAGGGAUGAAAAAGGCCCAGCUGUCAAGGUUAUGGAGUUGAUUCUCUACACUAGGUAGCCUGAAAGGGAGCUGCACACACUGUGUCUCAAAAAGCAUCUUCCACCUAGUAUUUUAUUAAGUCUAUGAAGGUAACCAUCAAAGAAAGGCAGUUACUGGCAAACCAUCCCUUGAAGCUAAUUUUUUUUGGGAACGUGUCUCAAUAUUUUGCCCUAAACACCUAGUAGCUCUUCCUCCUCCACCGCUGGCCUGAAUUUGACACAUUCUGGGAAGGGAAGAUGCUGGGAAGGGUUACAAGCGCUUCCUGGGAUCAGUUUCCUGUGAGGGCCACUUGCAGCUGGCGAAUAGGAACGGAUGAGUUUCCCUCCCUCCCUUUUCCCACUUUGUUUUCUUGGAAAGCAGAGGCAGGUGUGGUCUGCUCCUUUGCAGCAAUCCUGACGGUUUCGUGGGCCAUCCAGUGCCACCAUCUUGGACAACCACUUGGCACUUGCCUUGUGCUCCUCUUGUGCUCCUCUUAAUCAGGUUGCAGUUCUAAGUUUUUGAGUUUUCAGCGAGGUUGGGGUUUAGACCCAAACAUGCAAACAUUUUGUGCUGUCUCUAUACAUACUUUUCCACUUCUAAUGCUUAAUGCGUCCAGGAUAAAGUUCUUCACUGUUUUCAUUAUGUCCUACAUUUGGUGGAAAUGUGACAGUACAGCCACCCAUCAGUUGAGCCAGCGGUUGGGUGCCCCAGUGGAUUAGAUUUAAUCUGGCUUGGAGUAUGCUCUUUUAAAAAAAAACACAGCCAUCCCAGCUUUCUCAAUCAAGCAGCCUAAUGAGUUAUGUAGCCUGCCCUGAAAGAUAAGAAAAGUUUUCAUGUCGUUGCUCACCUGACCCCCCUGAUUAAUGCAGUGUUUUUGCUUUGGGGUUUUGAACAGGAAUUCUGGCGCAUUCUACUUAAAUGGUGAAUCAGAGAAAGAAGCCAAUUGACUUGCGAUGGGAGCUUGCCAUGGGCAUCUGGGAGCCAAGCUGGGUGACAGGCCGAGGGGAGGAGGGGAAGGUGUGCAAGAGCAUCAGCAACUGUAGUCAGGAGGGGUGAGUUUUCACCUUGGUCGAAGAAGCAGUGACAUCAAAAAAUAAUGGCCUUAGGGAUAUGCUUAGACCCUUGGGGGUUAGGGCAAAAUGACUCAACAUGAAAUGGACAUUUCAAAAAAGGAAGAAUGAGGGUGUGCCUGUAGGUCUGCAAGCUGAACGCAGCCCACCAGCCUUAGAAUUAGCUACCCACUCCACCUCAGUAGAGUUAAUCUGGCCCUGUAAUAUUGGGGAGUGGCUAUCCCAGUGCUGGCGGGUUGUGUCCAGGCCAAGUGAUGUGGCCUGGGGUAUACGUUCAGGGCACCGAAACAGCGUGCAGCCUAUUAGCAGCACUGAACUCCUCUUCAUAUCUUGAGAAGAAGUAAAUAGGGGUACCGAGAGUUGGCUGUAGCAAGUUUCCUUGAGGAGCAUUCUGCCAUUCGGAAAUGCAGCCAGUCUCAUGCCCCUCCCCCAAUGCCCAAUUUGGCAGAACCUCCUCAUCCUCCUGCAGCUGAGGGAGAUCCAGGUGGGCCCUGUUGCUGUAGGGGAGCACCAGUCGUGAGCAGGGAUUUUAGGGAACUAUUGGAGUAAAUAGUCAUUUGGAGAUUUGAAGGAGUAUCAAAAGAGGACAAAAUGGCCCACCUUAACUUUAUACAUUUUCUGCAUUUUUAUUUUUUGUGGUCUUGGGCUAUUGUCUGGAGAAGUUAAACUGGUUUAGAAAUUAUAUAUGAACAAAAAACGUUCCUUUUUUAUUUUAAAAUCAGCCUGUGCAAAUUGAAUGUUUAAAAUGUAAACUGUGACACUUCUGCCUCUUUGGGGGGAUUUUUAGAUUUAGCCAAAAAGUAACUCUUGUCAGGGAGUUCCAGGCUGAUCUAAAAUAAGUUCUGGGGCUUUCAAGUCUGGAGCCUUGUUUUUUGGAUGGGGUGUUUAGUGUGGAGAUGUCUUAUUGCUGUUGAGGCAUGGACCAGGAGGAAAGGACUAUCUGAACAUUGUGCCAAAUUCUCAACCAGCUCUAUUGGCACGCUGUCUGGUUUCCCACAGCAGGGCAACUGGUAUUUAGUGUUCAAAUCUAGCCUGUUGGGUCAUCAAACAGUCAGCAGCAGAUGCUGGUGGAAGCCUGAGUUUCAUAGACGUGAUGGAGAAAGUGUGUUUGAGGAAUUUUGAAAACUUCUGUUUAGGCUAUGCAGUGCAGCGUCCACUUCUAGACCAUCCCUGCAGUGUAACCCCGCGCCAGCUCCAGGUAAGCAGUAAAGCAGCAGCAACAUUUUGGUUGGAUGUUUUAAAAAGAAAUCCUUCCUCUGUCCCCACAUGCUGGGAACCUAUGACUGGCUUGUCAGGAGUUGCAGUGCUGAGUGAUCUUCACAGCAGUGCUUGCUUGACGGUCCACCUUGUCAAAGGAGUGGUAGCUCUGGAGACCAUAAUGUGCAAGGCCACCUUCGGGAAACCUGAUUCCACUUGAACAUUAGUGCAUGGCAAAGGCACAUCGGGAGAAUAUCUGAAUCCACUCUUUGAAAAACUUUCCUCUUUCUGUCUCAGAGAUGUACAGCCAAGUUUUGCCCCGAUGAUGAUAAUUGCCCUCAAGAACCACAACAACUCUAGCUAAGCAGGAAGAGAAAAAACAUGUGGAAACUCCAUCUAAUAUUUUAUGCUUCUGGAUAUUGGGGUUUCUUCUGUUUGUCCACCAAGUAAACUUGAUCUUUUGGGGCAUCAUUGGAAGUCUGAGAGUGACUUGAGUGUGUGUCUCGCAUGGAACAUCAGCUGUGGGUGGAAACAUUGUUUGAAUAGUAGAUGGACUUGCAGGCUGUGCCAAAUAAGCUCUCCAGUUCCUUUCUUCCUGCUUUACUCACCCAUUCUGUUCCUUAAAUGCUGUGUGUUCUCUGCAUCUAGAAAGAGAGAAAUAAUUUGGCUGAGAUCCUGCAUGUUCUCUGUGGCUGGGAAAUGGGUGGCAAGAGAGAAAUGGGACCUGCUGCUGAUGUAGAUGUGCGCACCAGAACUGGCUGCUUCCAAAGACUUGGACAACAGCAGUUAAGCUUUUAGGGUUGGCCCAAAUGGUAGCUUCUCUGAAAAGCAUGGGGAGUUCAAAAGUUAAUGUUCAGAAGGGGUGGCGUUCUGUGAAUUUGCAAUCCUGAAAGGUUGCUGGAUACUGGUGCUGGGACUAAGCUGGCUGCUGUAUCUGAGCAUCUGUAAAGCUCUUCUAAGUAAGAUGUGGCAGGAGGAGGAAGAGAUUAUUCUGGCCCCUGACGUUGUGAUGUGUGGCCCUCCGCUAUGAGCGACUGGCUUAAUAAAAAUGCAAGAUGUUUGUAACUCUUUA